GUGGUUUGCGUUGGUUUGUGAUGCGAUUUUGCUUGCGUAUUCUGCACCGGGUAAUGAAAUCACUAAUUUAUCGUUAAAGCCGGUAGCUUAUUUAAAUUAUGUGUUAAUAACAUAAUGUUUUGAUCUUACUUACCCCCGUGUUUGAAUAAAAAUCGCAUUCACGUUCUGAAAAUGGAGUACCAUUUUAACGAUUUGUGUAUGCCAGCCGAUCACCUUUUAACAGAUCCCUACGCAGCAGAAUACACUCCGCAGUACAUGAUGCCGUCUCAAGAAGGGGAGUAUGAAGUGCGGAGCACUAUCCUGGUGGAUGGUGGAGACAGGUUUGGCGUCUCUGCUGUGCAGUUUGACAAGUUUGAGGAGUUAAUCUGGAUGGGGAACCAGGGGGGUCACGUGACAUCUUACUAUGGCCCAGCCAUGCAAAAGUACACAUCUUUCCAAGUUCACGAGUCUGAAGAAGUGAGAGACAUACUCACGAUGGAGAAUGGUAUUUACGCUUUGACGAAAACGUCGCUCCGCCAUCAGAUAAGAAGAGGAGUACCAAAACAUACUCACAGAUCUCGCAACAUGACAGACAUGCAGUGCCUAUACCAAGUGAAUUCAACCAAACUGAUGAUGGGUGGACAUCAAGACAAACUGAUAGAUUUGGACCUUACGAAGCUGGUGGAAACUGUCAUUCCGAUACAAGAAGAAGGCUGCGCCGUACUCCGCGGCGGCGGGAGCUCCAUAGUCGCCUGCGGCAGCGCCAACGGCUCCGUGAGCCUCCGCGACCUGCGGAGCCCCGCGACGGCGCAGCACACGUUUCGGGCGCACUCCGCCUGCCUCUCCGACCUGGACAUGCAGGGCGACCUGCUCAUCACCUGCGGGUUCCAGUCUGUGAACGGCGUAGCAGUGGCGGAGACGUACGUGGUCGUGUGGGACGUGCGCCGGCUGCGCGCCGGCGCGGCCAGCGAGGCGGCGUGGUCGUGCGCCACGGCGGCGCCGCCGCUGCUCCUGCACUACCUGCCCGCGUUCUCCGGGCGCGCGGUGGCUCUGUCCGGGGACGGCCACGUCACGCUGCUGCACGUCAACGCCAGCCACGACGACCGCUCCGUGUUCCAGGUCGACACGCAAUCUUCUCUCUGCAGUGUAAUGGACGUGUCGGCCACAAGCCAGGCGCUCGUCUUUGGAGACCAAGCGGGCCAUUUACAUCUGUUCUCACCUCAGCAUAACCAUGAGCCGGUGUUCAAUAAUUUCUCCAGAGCUACUGAGUUCGCCGACGCCCCCCCAAACAUUCCGUUCGCGGGUCCCAACGAGUCAACAUUCCAAUUUUCAUCGGUACCCCUACCGUCACUGGCGGCUGGCCCGAGAUGGUUCAACGAACUACCUCCAGCCUUCUUUAAGAAGGGGUACAGAAAACCAAAGCCGAUCGACCCAGAGGUCCUGAACACAAUGAAAAUGCAGGGUCCGAUUGGCUACGCACCAAAUCCUAGGACUUUUAAAAGGAACCAGAUUCCCUACAUAGAAGAUACCCUAGAAGACUUGUUUACGGCAAAAGUGGCCGAGAACAAAUUCACGAACCAACCGGUGCCCAAGCACUAUCAAAAGACUGAUGGUCGUUACAACAAGCAAGACGGUGAAACAGGGAACAAGCCCGGCCUCCCUGGAUUGGAGGCUAUUUUACCAAAUUCUUACUGCAACUCUAUGCUUCAGGUUCUGUAUUACACUCCAGCCGUGAAAGCAACGUUGCUAGCCCACACUUGUGCUAAAGAGUUCUGUCUCAGUUGCGAAUUAGGUUUCUUGUUUCGAAUGCUCGACUCAUCUGGCGGCGCGGCUUGUCAGGCAGCUAACUUCCUAAGAGCCUUCCGCACUGUACCUGAGGCCGCUGCCUUAGGCCUCAUCCUACCUGAUAGACAGGACUCCCAAGAUCUUCAGGCUUUGAUACAGAGUUGGAACCGUUUCAUGCUCCACCAAAUGCACUACGAAAUCCUAGAAACUCGUAAGAAGGAAAAGGAGAUGGCGUUACUCGCUAACAGCUCUCCCCCAAAAACUACCAGAGGCAAUGUACCGGCUCCCAUAGUAGCACCCGCCACACAGGUGAACGGAUACCCAGAAGAAUACCAGUACGCAGAGCUAGAGUUCCUCGGACCCAGCACGGAGUUCGAAGACGGAGAACCCAGGGAAGACGGCUGGCAUAACUUGAGCCAAGAAGAAGCCUUAUUUGGACCUGUGGAAUACUCAGUGACCCCAGAUCCUCAGCUAAACAAGGUGAACGAUGAGCUGCCAAACCAACAAGUGGAUAGAGAAGAGUCGGACAUAUCCCAACUCUUCGCCAUCGGCCGACACCAGCUGAACCGCUGCUUAAAAUGCAACAAAGAGGAAGAACGCUCAUCAGUAGUCCUAGCCUGCGCUCUCCAAUACCCAAUGGGCUCAAACGCAGCUCGCGGCUUCGCAGAACUAGUGCGAGCGUCUCUCGCACCUCGCCGCGCCACGCCCGCCUGGUGCGAGCAGUGCUCCCGCUUCACCCCCACACAGCAACAGGGCAGGGUCAUACGGCUACCACCGAUACUGGCGAUUAACUGUGGCGGUGUGACUUCUCACGAGAAGGCCUACUGGGCUAAAGGCACGCCGAAAGAAACGCCGGACUCGACGAAACGCGGUAGCAGCAGUAAGCCGUGUCGAUACGGCAUGCACUGUGCGAGACCGGGUUGCAGAUUCAAACAUCCUGACAGACCUAGUCCGUCCCAAAGUUCGUCCAAAAGCCCUGACUCUCACUGCGUAUUGCCGCACCAGCUACUGAUAAGACUGCAGUCGGAUGGUGACGUCAUUAUCAAUGAUAAGAACGAAGCACCAAACGACAACCGAGACAAACACAAGAAGAAGCAAGUGACAACGAUUUCUGAAGAGGAAUACAAUCUCUCAGCUGCAGUCAUCUGCGUCGAGGACAACCCUAAGAACCUGGUCGCCUACGUGCAGAUAGGGGAAGAGUGGCAUAUGUUCAACGACGUUAGUAUAACCCCGGUCCCGGCGUCCGAGGUGGUCCAAUUCAGCGCGUGGUGGAAAACUCCCUGCGUGCUCUUCUACUCGUCCGCGAGCCUGCAGGACUCAUAGCCGGCCGAGUAUGGGCCUUAUAGCGACGAGGCUAUAGGUCCAUACAACAUGAACGAGAUGUUCUACCAAGUAAUUGCUGAAGGACAUUACAGUAUGUACAACGAGUCUUAGCCGAUAUUGACUCUUAAUAUGUGUAAAAGUUUAGUAAAACGUCCCACUUUGUCGGUUAGGGCCCAUUGGGCUAAUUUUUAAAGUCACAUAAAAUCACCAUUACAUAUUUCCAUCAUAUCAGGAUUCCCCUUUCGAAAUUAACCGAGUAUAUUCGUUCUCGAAAUUACUGCAAUGCACCGUUAUCAUAAGGACGAUAUUUGCUUGUAUCUUUAUACGAGUAACCGAGGAAAUGACCUUACGGCAAGCGCCAAAGUGGGGCGUUUUGCCGUAAAAUGACACAACGUUGUAAGAGGAAAAUUAGAAUCAAGUGAAGUAAAUUAUGAAGAUAUUUUAGAUACGUCAUUGUAGUAGGAUUAUUGGAAAGAUUUCAAAAUUGUUACAUUCAUAAACUCACGCCUCUAUUUCCAAAAAGGGUAGGCAAAGGUUGCUAGCCUAAAAAAGUGCGUUUUCACAUUAUCCGAUCCGAUAUCGGACCGAUAUCCCAUAUAUUUACGCCGCCAUCUUUGAUUUUUUCCUUUGAAAUCCUUCCGACAUCCGAUAUCGGAUCGUAUAAUGUGAAAACGCACUUAGGGAUACAAUUCAGAGAAAAAGCAGCAUACUAAAUCUUAUGCGUUACAAGGGUGAAGAUAUAUAUGUGAAGUUGGUUUCGUAUUUAUUAUUUUUGCAUACCUAAAGCUAUUUAAAGUGUUAUUUAUGAAAAUAAUACACGAAUAUUAGAAUACAAAAAUGUAUUUACAAUAUUAAUAAAUAGCGAAGUACAUUGAAAUAUGACAACAUAAAAUCUAAACUAUCAUAUACUUAUUGCUGCUAAUAGUUAUAUUGCAAAAAGAAAGUUAUUAUUUAGGCUCUUUACACCUAUUGCAAUGUUUUUAAUAUCUUGGACGAUAAAAUACAAAAUUAAAUAUUUUUACAAGAACAUGCCAAAAACACUGACUUUUGUUUAGUACAUGUUUACAUUUGCACCCUUAGCGCUUUAAUUCAACCAUGUUCAUGAUUUUAUAAAUAUGUUAAAGGAAUUUAAAUUCUGUGCAACUUCGUACCUUGUCACAGUGACAAUCCCUGGCAGGCAAGCAUGGUCGCGCGAUAAAUGAUAAAACAUCAGGCCGUCCCUAUCGCACUAUUCGUAAGUGCCAACCAUGCUUCCCUGGUUGGAAAAUUUCCCACUGUUUCAUACACCCUUCAAAUCAGCCUACCAGAAGGUGUGAAUAAGUAGACACUUUCUGGUAGGCUUGUGCCGUUCACAAACUAUGAACUGUUAGGAAUAAAAUCCCAUCAAUGACCGAAAUGAACUGAAUCUUUCCGUGCUCUGAGAAUCGGUCUUUGCUCAUUUAGUUCAGUAUAGGAUC